AUGAUAGAAUGUCUUAGCUGUUAAAGUCAAUUCACUAAUUGUAUUAGAUGUGAUAUGAAUAAUUGCUCUAUAUGUAAUUAUGGCUAUUAAUAUUGUGGUUAUAAUAGAAAAUGUAUGGAAGUUAUCAUGGACCCUAAACUAUUAACUUGCGCUGAGGGAUGUGAUAAUUGUAUUUAUACACUAAGUUGUGAAAAAUGUUCUGAAGGUUAUCAUGAAGUAGUUUAUUAGUAAGCAGGUGUUUACAGAUAUGUAAAAUGUAAAAAAAGUUGUACUACUAUUAAUCGUUGUCUAGAUUGUGAUAAAAAUAAUAUAUGCACAUCAUGUAAGCACCCGUAUUAUCUUGAUAGAGAAAACAAUUAAUGUAGAUGA